AUGAAUUUCAAAAACCGAAUAAUUAUUAUAACUGGCGCAUCGAGUGGCAUUGGAGCUCAUGCAGCUGAAGUUAUUAGCAAACUAGGUGGCAGUGUUGUUAUAACUGGAAGAAAUCAAGAUAAUUUAAAAAGAACUGUAGAAAAAUGUGAGGGUGAAACUUUUCCAAUUAUUGCCGACGUGAAUAAUGAAGAAGAUCGUUCAAAAAUAAUCAAACAAACACUCGAGAAGUAUGGAAAAAUCGAUGUGCUUGUAAAUAAUGCAGGAAUUGGAUCACGUGGCACUAUAUUAGACACAAAAAUGGAAACUUUCGAUAGCAUGAUGAACACAAAUGUCAGAUCAGUUUUUCAUUUAACACAACUUGCUGCACCACAUUUAAUCGAAAGUAAGGGAAAUGUCGUGAAUGUUGCAUCAUUUGUUGGCAUGAGACCAAUUCCCGGGAAUCUUUCUUACGGUAUGUCAAAAGCUGCGCUCGAUUAUUUCACAAAAUGUGUUGCUUUAGAAUUGGCACCGAUGGGUGUGAGAGUAAACUCUGUGAAUCCUGGAAUAAUAUUGACUGAAUUUCAAAAGCGUAUAGGAAUGAAUGAAGAAAGUUAUGAUUCGUUUUUACAACAAAUUCAGAACAAAACGCCAAUAGGAAGAGUUGGAACCGUUGCUGAAAUUUCACAAGCAAUUGCAUUCUUAGCAUGCAACGAAGCUUCUUCCUUCAUUACUGGAGUAACUUUAUCAGUUGAUGGCGGCCUAAAAAUUAUCGCCCCUUAA